AUGGCCAACCACGAUGUCCCCGAUUCGACCGACUGGCUGUCAACGCCUCUCGCAGGUCUCGCCGCUGUUGAAAACGCCCUGCGCUGCCAGGUGUGCAAGGACUUUUACAAGACGCCCAUGAUCACAUCCUGCUCCCACACUUUCUGUUCGCUAUGCAUUCGGAGAGCCUUGUCCAACGACAGCAAGUGUCCGCUCUGUCGCACAUCAGAGCAGGAGCUAAAGCUGCGGAGCAACUGGUCAAUGGAGGAGGCCGUGGAGGCCUUUGUCAAGACCAGAACGGUGGCUUUGGAGCUGGCGCGCAAUGGGGGAGCAGCGAAUGCUGUACCUAAGCGAAAGGCCGAGAACGAUCACCACGAGUCAGACGAUGCGCCAGAAGGCAAGCGGCCACGGACAUCAACUCGACCAAGAAGAUCUCGAACCCAUACACCUUCUUACGCAGUACCUACAGAAGAGGACGAGGUGGUGGAAGUGCCAGAUGAUGACGACUACGUACCAGAGCCUGGGGACGGACUUGUGCCUUGUCCCGUCUGUCAAAGUCGGAUGAAGGAGUGGCAAGUAUUCAAGCAUCUCGAAACUUGCACAGGCCCGAAACAUCCACAAAGAAAAGCCGGAAGCAGCUCAACCUCGUUUGGCAACCAACGUCAGACGAAGGCCCUCGAACGACUACCGACGAUGAGCUAUUCCAUGUACAAAGAUCAAGCACUACGCAAGAAGCUAGGAGAACUUGGUAUUUCCAAUCAGGGUCCUCGCAUGCUACUCGAGCGCCGGCACAAAGAAUGGGUGACACUUUGGAACGCCAACUGUGACGCAGCAAAGCCAAAGAAGCGCAACGAAUUGCUGCACGAUCUGGAUGUUUGGGAGCGAACACAGGGAGGAAGAGCACCGACAACUGGCCGGGCGGCGCAGAAUGCCGCCAUCAUCAAGGACAAGGACUUUGACGGUGCGGCUUGGGCGGCGAAGCAUGACGACUCGUUCAAGGAUUUGAUUGCGAGCGCAAGGAAGAGCAGACUCGAGGCGAAAAAGAAGGCCGAAGAG